CCACCCCAGUCAGCUGCAUCCAGGGUCCAAAGGUAGAACCAGCUUUCUGCAGCCACAAUUGGAGCACACAGCCCUAACCCAGCGCAGCCAGGCACUCGCCCCCUCCACUGCCAAUGAAACUGAUCCCGCUUCUAGUGUGCUUGUCCACUUUGCUGGACGGGGCCUUUGCUCAGAACUGUGCCAGGACCCACUGUAACCCAAAAGCAAAAUGUGAGAUUCAGAAUGGAGUGGAAGGCUGUUAUUGUUUCCCCGGAUUCACAGGAAAUGGCAUAACAAUAUGUGAAGAUGAUAAUGAGUGUGAAAACUCUACCCAGCCUUGUGGUGAGAAUGCCAACUGCACUAAUACAGAGGGGAGUUACUUCUGCAUGUGCGCACCUGGCUUUACAUCCAGCAGCUCCCAAAUCAAGUUUGUAACUAAUGAUGGAACUACUUGUAUAGAUAUAGAUGAGUGUCGGGAAGCAACCCCAGGUGUCUGUGGGGAUCAUGCUAAAUGUGAAAACGUGUACGGAGGGUAUCACUGUGUCUGCAAAGAAGGUUAUCAGCCAUCCACAGGAAAAUUUCAAUUUAAGCCAAAUGAUGGUACUUACUGCCAAGAAAAUAUGAAGGCAAACUGUCAUUUAGAUGAUGUCUGCAUUGCUGCAAAUAUUAACAAAACUUUAAUUGAAAUUAAGCAUACAAAGGAACCCUUGAAUCUGCUGCAAGAAAUCUACCAAAAUUCUGAACAAGCGCUUUUCCCUAUUGAUAUACUUACCAAUGUUGAAGCAUUGUCUACAUUUUCUCCAUCUUUGUGUUUUAUGAGUAGCAAUGUCUCUGAGAAGGAAGCAUUUACUAAUACAACUAUUAAUGUUUUUGUUAACACCGUAAACAAUUUGGUUCAAAAGGAUAAAAUUACAAUUUGGGACAAGCUGUCUGCAGAUAAUAGAAGAACAAGUCUCACCAAGCUGAUGCACACGGCGGAGCAGACCAUGCUAAACAUGUCCCAGAACUUCAAAAAGACAACUCAGUUAGAGAUUAAUUCAAGCGACAUGGGUCUCAAAUUAUUGGCUUUUGAUUCUCAUCAUAUGAAACAUAUUCAUCCUCAUGUGAACAUGGAAGGAAAUUAUAUAAAAAUCUACCCAAAGAAGAAAGAUGAAAAUUAUUCUAAUGGCACUGUUGUAGUCGUGUUUUUGCAUUAUAAGAGCAUUGGAGCUAUGCUUUCAUCAUCUCUGAGUGCCUCCCAGGAAACAGAAAGCAACAAUAACCCUGAACAGGAAGAAAUCGUGAUCUCCUCCAUUGUAUCUGUCUCAGUUAGUGCAAAACCAUCUGCAUUCUACCAACUUGAAAAAAUCAUGUUUACAUUAAGUCAUGUAAAGCCUAGAGAGAAGGACAGCAGUGAGUGUGCUUUUUGGAACUAUUCAAGUAAUACAAUGAAUGGCAGCUGGUCUACAGAAGGCUGUGAACUGAUGCAUUCCAACUCCACUCAUACUUCAUGUAAAUGUAAUCAUCUGACACAUUUUGCCAUUCUGAUGUCUUCAGGUGCUUCUAUUGGUAUUAAAGAUUACAAUAUUCUAACAAGAAUUACCCAACUUGGAAUAAUCAUUUCGUUGGUUUGCCUCGCCAUGUGCAUUUUCACCUUCUGGUUUUUUAGUGAAAUUCAAAGCACAAGGACCACCAUUCACAAAAAUCUUUGCUGCAGUCUCUUUCUGGCAGAACUUGUUUUUCUAGUUGGAAUUAAUACAAAUAGUAAUAAGCUCUUCUGUUCAAUCAUUGCUGGAUUGCUACAUUAUUUCUUUCUAGCUGCCUUUGCAUGGAUGUGCAUCGAAGGCAUCCAUCUCUAUCUCAUUGUCGUUGGUGUCAUCUACAACAAGGGAUUCUUACACAAGAAUUUUUAUAUCUUUGGCUACCUCAGUCCAGCUGUGGUGGUUGGAUUUUCAGCAGCCCUAGGAUAUAGAUACUAUGGGACGACAAAAGUAUGUUGGCUCAGCACAGAAAAUAACUUUAUUUGGAGCUUUAUAGGACCAGCAUGUCUCAUCAUUCUUGUAAAUCUACUGGCUUUUGGGGUGAUCAUCUACAAAGUUUUUCGACAUACUGCAAUGCUAAAACCAGAAGUUAGUUGCUAUGAAAAUAUAAGGUCAUGUGCACGGGGAGCUCUGGCUCUGCUCUUCCUCCUUGGAACUACCUGGAUCUUUGGGGUUCUCCAUGUUGUACAUGCAUCGGUGGUGACAGCAUAUCUUUUCACAAUCUGCAAUGCUUUCCAAGGAAUGUUCAUCUUCAUAUUUCUUUGUGUUUUAUCUAGAAAAAUUCAGGAAGAAUACUAUAGGUUAUUCAAAAAUGUUCCUUGUUGUUCUGGAUGCCUACGGUAAAUAAAAGAACAUUCCAAUUCACUACAGGCAAAGAAAGAGAAACCAGACUUAAAUGUUAUUAAUUCAUGAAAUAUGGUAUUGUGAAAACACAAAGUGACCUACUGGACAGUCAAACUUCAACUCAGUCAUGCCACCUACAGGAUAGAAACUAUCAAGAAAUAUGCAAUUCAACAUAUUCUACCCUUUGCAGCUACUCUAUACAAUUCCUACAAAUCAAUGUAAAUCAGUGUCAAAAAUAACAGACCAGAUAAGUGGAGAAGAUUUGAGUUCUUAUUGGAAAUAGAGCUACAACUAUUAAAAAUCUUAUUUCUUACCUCAGGAAUGAUCAAAUAACAUGAAAGAACUACUUUUUCCCCUUGAAUUCUGGCUUUACAAAAUGCCUCCCUCCCUAUGUUAGUAAGGAAUUUCUUUCUCUAAAGUGGGAAUGGAGGAAAAGAAGAAUAAAAGAUUUUUUUAAAUGGCUAUUCAAAACAUUCAGAUGUCCUUCUGGUAAAUUUUCAACAUAAAUUAGUUAGGAAAUGGUAAGGAUAAAAUAAGGACUAGAAGGGAAAAGACCUCUUUCAAAAACUUAAAUAAAUGUUCUGAAGUUACAUUUCUAUAACAGCAAUUUAUAGACCCCUCUUUGAGAAAUCAAUUUCUUUCUGUGAAUAAUACUCUGGGAGAGACUCAGUCACUUCUUAAGUUAAUUGUCGAUGGGCAGUUGUGCUCUGCUGAUUCUUCACUUCUGUGCCUUUAUGAGUUUAAUUAAGUCAAAAAUCAAUGUUGGAGAAAUGUAUAACCUGAUAUAACAGUCAAGCUACUGCCUGCAUGUGUCAAAGGCCCAUUGCUAUACAUGCCAUUAAGUGUAAAAACAUUGUACAUAGAGGAGAUAUUUCUAUUGAAAUUAGUUUUCCUGAAAUGAAUAUUAUCUUUGGGGGGCUGGUCUUUUUAGAUGCUUUGUUUUUAUUGUCUGAAGUCCUAUAGAGCCCAUUACCAGAUUCCUCACAUGAUUUUCAUCUGAUAAAGGGCUUUGUAAAUAUGAAACUGUGCAUAAUUUAACUUUUCUGUUUUAAAAAAAUUCUUUUUUUAAAAAAAUGUUAUUUAUAACAAAGAAAUAACUAAGAAUUCCUGCUGUAUCUUCCCUGAAAACUUCUCUAUGGAUGUUUUGUUUGAACAUGUGUGGGAAAAUGUACCAUCUCCCUAAUGGAAAAAAAUAUAUAUCAUUUUUCCCUCAAAGAAAUAAUUGCAGAAUUAAAUAUAAUGAUUGCUGUAGUGUGAAUUAGGUCAAUAUAUGGAAUAUUUUGCUUUUGCAUUAAAAACCAUUUCCUUCGUAUUUAAGCUGAGCCCUACAAAUGCUCUCCUACCAAAUAAACUAAUGCCUGAAAGAAA